UUGUCACUUGUCGCCAUCUUGAUGUUUCUUCCUGCUACAUGAAGGUGUUGUUAUUCGAAGUGGAUACUCGUCUGCGAAAUAAGUGUGUUGCCUGGUGUUUGUUUGGUACGUAUUUUUUGACAGCGCAGUACGCCCUCAUGAAUCGUGAGAUUUCUGCCAUGCGGCGCUCCACGGGGUUCGAACUAGGAGAAUAUGUGGAAGUUCGAGAUAUUUUUAUAUCAGCCAGGUCAAGUAUUCUUUUCCAUGGUUUGCUACAAAAAUAUGAUGCAUUAUCUGAUAGGAUGCGCUUAGGUUUUCCUACUUGCGGAGUCCACUUAUUCACUAUGCAAUUUGCUAGGACUUCCCCUGUUAGCUUACCGAUGGGAAAGAACAUGGUGUAUUUAGAGAAUGUGCAUGUUAAUACGAAUAUAUAUUUCUUCCCAUGUUGUGCUAGGGGUAGAGGACCAUAAAUGUCGGCUGAUACUAACUCCAAUGGGGCGGUCGGCAAUAUAGGUAUCAUUGCUCCUCUGACUUGAUAUUUUAAAUGUUUUGUUUUCUGACAUAGGUCGCAUGCUCUUAACACUUUGACUACCUUUUUGUGCAUACCUUUCAGAUAACAGGCUUCUUUUAGUGUACAUAUCGUUUUUCUUACUCCAAAGUGGCCAAUUCUCUCAUGUGUUUCCUUAAUCACUUCUUCCGCUAUUUCCUUAGGUAUUAUGAUUCUCCAAUUAUAACCUUGUGGUGUGGUGCGGUGAAAUAGGAAUCCACGGUAUCGUGUGUACUGUCGCAGGUAGUGGGGCGGUUCAGAUGGUCCUUCCUCCAGUAUUUCUAAAAUUUGGGAUAGCUUAGGGUCUUCU